AUUCAUACCAUUCAUACAGAUCAGCAGUGAAUGGUCUGUCCGCCAGGUGGAAGACACAAACGAAAAACAUCAAAUCGUCAGUCUGCAAACGCCGUCUUUUUGAUAAGCAGAUCUUCACCAUGCUGUCUUUCUUCCUUUUGGCUUCUAUCUUCCCUCUCAUUCACUCACUGGAUAAAAACCCUAAACCCUGCAUGCCAGCACAGUACAACAACGCUCAUAACACUUUCAUCAAGCGGCAUAUUCCCGACGGUGUUCCGGAAACCUUGGAUCAGAACGCAUGGCAAGCUUUCCUGCGCAAAAUCGAUAUGUGCGGCAGACCGACUCAAUCGUUCUUUCGCGCAAACGAGAGACAACGAGUAGAUAAUGUGUGCACUAAAGCUGGGGGUAAGACCCAGUCUGGGAAUAUGUGCAUCAGCAAAGAUCAAUUCUCCUUCGUCACGGUGCGCGUGGACAACACUGCGGGGGCCUGCGGGAUCAAAAGCAUUCACCCGGAGAGCAAACACAUCAUCCUCGCGUGUGACGACAUCGGUAACGUCUGUCAGCCGGUUCAUUUCGAGGCGAACCCAGAAAAUAAGGUGCCGAGCAAUAACCAGCUCGACUGCGGGGCCAAAGAGAGCUCAGGGACUAAAACGGUUGCGUUAAACGUCAUGAUGUUAUUGUUUACCUUGGUAGCUUUGGUUUAUAUCUUGUGAGACUCAAAAGGGUAGGCAACUGUUAUUGCCACUUCUAGGCUACAAAGCCAAAAAUGCACGCAUUCUAUUAUGUUUAUACUUUAAAAUAAAAUUGUAAGAGAUUGA